AUGAACACUAUCUUCAAGCCGUUGUUGAGGAAGUUUGUGUUGGUUUUCUUUAAUGACAUAUUGGUGUAUUCCAAGACUGUGGAAGAUCACAAACUACACUUGAAGAUUGUAAUGAAGAUCCUUGAAGAACAUCGUUUUUUCAUUAAGGCAUCCAAAUGUGCCUUGAUGGAAAAAGAGCUUGAGUAUUUGGGACAUUUUAUUUCAGGAGAAGGAGUGAAGGUUGACCAAAGGAAAAUUGAGGCAAUGGUGGAUUGGCCAUUGCCAAAUGAUGUUUCGACCUUGAGGGGAUUCUUGGGCUUGACUGGUUUCUAUGGAAGAUUUGUCAAGCAUUAUGGGUUGAUUGCUAAACCCCUCACUUCUUUGUUAAAGAAAGAUAAUUUUGAAUGGACACAAGAGGCUAGAGAAGCCUUUGAUGAGUUGAAGAGGGCAAUGACUACCACGCCCGUGUUGGCUUUGCCAAACUUUGAGAAGCCUUUUGAGGUCUACACGAUGCUAGUGGUGAGGGGAUAG